GGUGUUUUAUGAAGUAUGAGAAACUAUGAAAAAUUCUUUGUUGUGAAGAUUGUACCAACUGGAUUCAACAAACCCUGUCAAGGCUUUUCUCAAAUUUUACAAGUAAUAGUGAAAACACCUCAUGGAAGACGCUUGUUGGCUGGCUUGAAUUCGAUCCUACACAACGCGUUUCCGGCGGGUUCGAGCCUUUUCCGGUCUGAUUGUAGCCUUCUUCCAGUGUUGACAUCGGUUGCAAGAACAUCAUCCAAUUGGUGGUGUCUUUCACGCUGCUCACAGCCAGUCAGCACACCUCUUAACAAAAUGCCCAAGGAAAUUAAGGAGAUCAAGGACUUCCUGCUCAAGGCAAGGAGAAAGGAUGCCAAAUCUGUUAAGAUAAAGAAGAACGCUGAGAACACCAAAUUCAAGGUCAGGUGCUCCAGGUUUCUCUACACCUUAGUCAUCACCGACAAGGAAAAGGCUGAGAAACUGAAGCAGUCCCUUCCUCCAGGUCUCCAGGUCAAAGAGAUCAAGUAAAAUGUUUCUUAGGUAAUAAAAUCUCUAUAAAAAAAUAA